AUGAUAAAACUACUAUUUACGUACAUAUGCACAUACACAUAUAAACUAUAUGCUCUAUAUCAUAUGGAUUACGCAUGCGUGUGUAUGUAUAAAUAUAAAGGCAUCGUCACGCUUCAAGUUUGUCUCUUUUAUAUUAAACUGAGAGUUUUCCUCUCAAACUUUACCUUUUCUUCUUCGAUCCUAGCUCUUAAGAACCCUAAUAAUUCAUUGAUCAAAAUAAUGGCGAUUUUGCCGGAAAACUCUUCAAACUUGGAUCUUACUAUCUCCGUUCCAGGCUUCUCUUCAUCCCCUCUCUCCGAUGAAGGAAGUGGCGGAGGAAGAGACCAGCUAAGGCUAGACAUGAAUCGGUUACCGUCGUCUGAAGACGGAGACGAUGAAGAAUUCAGUCACGAUGAUGGCUCUGCUCCUCCGCGAAAGAAACUCCGUCUAACCAGAGAACAGUCACGUCUUCUUGAAGAUAGUUUCAGACAGAAUCAUACCCUUAAUCCCAAACAAAAGGAAGUACUUGCCAAGCAUUUGAUGCUACGGCCAAGACAAAUUGAAGUUUGGUUUCAAAACCGUAGAGCAAGGUACGGUUUUAUUUUCCUCUUUGUUUCUUUCUUAAGAGACUUUUGUUUUCUUACAUCAUUGGUGGGUGGUUGAUGAUUAACGAGAGAGUUCACAAAAAUAUAAGCGUUAAACGUUGACGGAAUAUAAAAAUAAAGCAGAAAAAAUGAAAUCUGAAUCGGAUUCGACCCACCCCGUUAACGUGUAUAUAUAAGUCGUACCCUUAAAUAAUAAAAAGCUAAUCUUGUCCUAAAUCAAAUAUUUGUUUUAUAAUGUUUUCCUUCUAGGUCCUUCUUAAAUUCUUGAAGAGUCACCACUUGUUUAGUUGUUACACAUAGAGAAGGAAAAUGUCAAUUCCUAAAUUUUUGAAGUCAAAGAAAUUACGGAAAGAGAUUAAUUAACAGCCACACGUAUUAAUAAAAGUAAUAUGUUAAUGUUGAAGUAGUUAUAUAUAUCAACAUCACGUACAUAUGUGUUGUUGCAUGGUUACUUUCAAAAGUGACAACAGCAUUUUGGAGCCGCCAAUUGUGAUAUCCAUUACAUGUUUAAUGUGUGAUGUAACUUGGAGCAAGUUUUACAAAACACUUUGGCCCGUGUACGUCAAUACGUGUAUACAUUAUUUCAUUUACCUAAAUAUUCACGUGUCAAUGCAUAUGUCUCAAUGUUUCAUGAACUCAUUACGCAUCAGUCGUUUUAUUACAAUUUCCCGGUAACGUAUAUAGGUUAUAUGUCUUUAGUUUCUGCAUGAAUAUAUAUUGUUCAUGUGUAAACACACAUAUUAGUAAUCAAUCUAUAUAAUCCGAUAGUCAUUGUUAUUCAAACUGAAAAUUGGUUAGAUUGUCUUUUCUUUUUUAGACUCAAUAUAAAAAUAGUUCCUUUAUCUAGAUCCCACAAUAAUUGUGAGCAGAUGGGAAAGGUAUGGUGCAAUAAAUAAGAAGAAUUUCAACAUUGGUCGUAUAACUAUUAUGACGGUUUCCCAAAUUAUAACUAUAAGUCUAUAAUCAUAACCACACCCUUUUUUAUAAUAGAAGUAUUUUAAAGCCUUUUUUCGUUUUGAAUUUUUUAUAUGUUUGAUUUUUUAUUUUUUAAUAAAUUUUUAAGUAAAUCAAUCAACGUGUUUUCUUUUUUGUGCCUCGUGUACUUGCUUUCUCAUCAAUGCCCUUUGACUCAUAAUUCAUUGGGCAGUUCAUGCGUUUUUAAUUCCAUGAUUUUUUAUAUUUGCAUCGUCACCUAGCAUUUGAUCAUUGCUUGCAUGUUAUAAUUUACAAGUUGUACAAAAACAUCUAUGAGUUUAAUGUGUUUACGCGCGUACAUGUCAAAAAAUAACGUAUCGUACUGUACGUUUUUGGAUUUGUUUGGAUUAGGAGCAAAUUGAAGCAAACCGAGAUGGAAUGCGAGUAUCUCAAAAGGUGGUUUGGUUCAUUAACGGAAGAAAACCACAGGCUCCAUAGAGAAGUAGAAGAGCUUAGAGCCAUGAAGGUUGGCCCAACAACGGUGAACUCUGCCUCGAGCCUUACUAUGUGUCCUCGCUGCGAGCGAGUUACCCCUGCCGCGAGCCCUUCGAGGGCGGUGGUGCCGGUUCCGGCUAAGAAAACGUUUCCGCCGCAAGAGCGUGAUCGUUGAUUUGUGUAUCUUAAUUAUUUGAGUAUGGUUUAGAAGUCAACGAAGGUCUGCUAUUGAGCCUACAAAAUAUUAACGAUCACAUGAUUUCGUGUAAAUACUAAGAGACUCUGUUCCGCUUUGUAAAUAUUAUUAUUAUUAUUGUUAACCAGAAGUCCCUUAUCAUUUAAUCUUGUUUGAAAUAACAUAAGAU